CCACAAGCCGUGCCUCCCUCUUCAGUCACAUGAGCAACAUGGCGACAUUCAGUAAUCUGGGUCGAAGCAGAAGAAAUCUUUUUGCUGUUUGUUUGAUUAUUUUCCUUCAGGUGUGGGCCACUGACUGCGCUUCGAUUACAGCGAAUAAAACAACGAACGAGACGGGCGAUAAUUUGACAUCCCAAAGACAUGCCAAUGUAGAUGUAAAGGACCCCUCAACGAAUAAACUGAGUCCAGAAAAUGCAACGCUUACGACGGAACUGAACACUAUUUCUGCCAGGAACCCCAAAACAAUUAAAGCAGCUAAAACUGAAAUAACAACCACUCAACAGAAAAUGAGUCUGCUGACAACGAAAAGUUUUGCAACCACUAAAAUGAAUUCAUUUCCAACAAAAAAAGAUGCUGUUUCAACAGUUAAAAAGCCCACAACCAAGGCUCCACCUCAAAUCACUCCACUUCAUCCUUCAGUAGCUCCAGAGUCCUCUGUCAAAGUGCCCAAACCCACCGACUUUGUGCCGCAUGUGUCGAAAAAGCCCACAACCAAGGCUCCACCUCAAAUCACUCCACUCCAUCCUUCAGUAACUCCAGAGUCCUCUGUCAAAGUGCCCAAACCCACCGACUUUGUGCCGCAUGUGUCGAAAAAGCCCACAACCAAGGAUCCACCUCAAAUCACUCUACUUCAUCCUUCAGUAGCUCCAGAGUCCUCUGUCAAAGUGCCCAAACCCAUCGACUUUGUGCCGCAUGUGUCGGAAGCACCUGGGUAUGACUUAGGAUCUCCCAAAUCACCAGUUCCCCCCAUAAAAGAAGGCACUGAUCCUGAUCUGAUGGCCAAUACGAGUCAACCUGUUGUGCAGGAUCAAGAUGAUUACUCAAGGGAUGACGACCAAGACGAAGAUGACAACAUGCCAAGUGAAACCAAUAGUAAUGAAGCUAACAAGCAGCUGCCUGAUGAAUUCCAAUUCUCAACCCAUAAUAAGGAAGUCAACUCCGACAGCUCAGAAGAAGAGGACACUCACUUUUUCUUUCAUCUGAUCAUCGUGGCUUUCCUGGUGGCUGUUAUUUACAUCACCUACCACAAUAAGAGGAAGAUCGUCCUGCUGGUCCAGAGCCAACGGUGGAAAGAGGGUUUAUGUUCUCGUAACAACGUGAAAUAUCACCGCCUGAGCCAGAACGUCAACGAGGCCAUGCCCUCCCUCAAGAUAACCCAAGACUAUGUCUUCUGAUCCUCGCUUCAAAGAAUGUGUUCUCCAGUCAGCCCUGUUGCCUGGUUGUUGCCCAGACUCUGUGCUUCAUUUGUGUAUUUUUGGUCUACUCCAUAGUCUGUAGGAGAUGGGGGAUGCUGUUUCAGUUGACUAGAAUGAUUUUAUUCUGACCUUUUUGAGCAUUCUUUAAUGUUAAUUUUAUAGUAAAUUUUUUAAUAUAUUGAAUGCUUGAAAGGUCUUUUGAGAGUAAAUCAGCCUUAUGUCAUCUAUUUUGUGUCUUUAACACUCACUGUAACCUUUAAAAGAAGCAACACGAUCAGAUAUUUAGGUUGCAGCUUAUUUUUGUUGUAAAUGUUAAAUUUCACCUUCACUGAAUGUUAAACUAUUUCUUCACAACUAUAUUUUAUGACACUUAAGUUGAAGAUUAAGUUGCCCCUUCCUCAUAUAAUUUGUGAUGUCCAUUCUUUAAUGACUGGUGACCAACUGGGCUACAUAUGUAGCAUUAGCUUAGAAGGGUGAUGGGAAAAUCUUAUGUGCUAAAGCCAUUUAAAAGCAGACAGCUGCUGUUUAGAAUAUAAUAUAAUAAAGAAAGAAAAAGCUGUAAUGAUCAGAUAUUUGUUCUUUUCCACAUUUUGAUUUUUAUGUUGAUCUAUGGGUACAUAUGCCCAGAUAUUGCUAUGCAGAUUUUCUGUGGCUGGCCUUUUUGUUUUAUGGCUUCAGUGAAGUCACCAGACUUUUUUAUUUUUUCACCUAAAAAAGUAAUAAUGGGUGUUCUCUUAUGCAAUUUUUUUUAUUCCUGUUUGAUUUGGUUGGUAGAUUUGGACCCAUUUUCAGAAACUGCAUUGUCUUUAUGACCUGUUGUCCAAAAGUCAAUUUAAAACACACCAAAGACCAAAAUCAUCCUGUUUGUCUCAUCUGUUACCGUGUCAUGCCUUCAUUCCUGGAGUCGUAAUUGCCACGUGAAUCUCAAAAUGUUCUUAGUCUCCUGUUCUCUGUUGGAUGCUUUCAGGUGUCUUGUUACUCUUACAAGUCUACAUUAGGUAGACAGAUUUGCACUGUGCUGCUCAGUCAUGCUAGCUCAAAUAUGACCCCCAUGAUCAAUACUGCUUUUGCAAUCAGUAGAAGGUGUACAAUCCUUUUGUCAAUAAAGCACAAAUUAUGUAGA